UCCAGCCUUCGGGGGUCGACGUCGAGCCAGCCUCCCCAGCUGAGGGAGCCCCGCCCCCGCUCCUCCAUCGCGGCCCCGCCCAGGCCCGCAGCGCGGCGCUGCAGCGCGAGGGGCGGAGAGGCAGAGCGCCGGAGAGGACCAGACGCCCAGGUCUCCCGCAUCCCGCUGCCGCAGGAGAGAGAGAGCGCGCCCCGGCCCUGCUCCCCAGGCUUCGCCCGGGCGCCCUCAACUCUGCCCCCAGAGACUGAGCACCUGUCCUCCGCCUCAGCCUUAGCUGAGAGCCCUCUCCUCUGGAGCACACACCACCCCUGCAGCCCAAGAAGUGUUCCAGCUCCACGCCGGCGACCACCAUGGCGGAGACCAACAACGAAUGUAGCAUCAAGGUGCUCUGCCGAUUCCGGCCGCUAAACCAGGCUGAGAUUCUGCGGGGAGACAAGUUCAUCCCCAUUUUCCAAGGGGACGACAGCGUCGUUAUUGGGGGGAAGCCAUAUGUUUUUGACCGUGUAUUCCCCCCAAACACGACUCAGGAGCAAGUUUAUCAUGCAUGUGCCAUGCAGAUUGUCAAAGAUGUCCUUGCUGGCUACAAUGGCACCAUUUUUGCUUAUGGACAGACAUCCUCAGGGAAAACACAUACCAUGGAGGGAAAGCUGCACGACCCCCAGCUGAUGGGAAUCAUUCCUCGAAUUGCCCGAGACAUCUUCAACCACAUCUACUCCAUGGAUGAGAACCUUGAGUUCCACAUCAAGGUUUCUUACUUUGAAAUUUACCUGGACAAAAUUCGUGACCUUCUGGAUGUGACCAAGACAAAUCUGUCUGUGCACGAGGACAAGAACCGUGUGCCAUUUGUCAAGGGUUGUACUGAACGCUUUGUGUCCAGCCCGGAGGAGAUUCUGGAUGUGAUUGAUGAAGGGAAAUCAAAUCGUCAUGUGGCUGUUACCAACAUGAAUGAGCAUAGCUCUCGGAGCCACAGCAUCUUCCUCAUCAACAUCAAGCAGGAGAACAUGGAAACGGAGCAGAAGCUCAGUGGGAAGCUGUAUCUGGUGGACCUGGCAGGGAGUGAGAAGGUCAGCAAGACUGGAGCAGAGGGAGCCGUGCUGGAUGAGGCAAAGAAUAUCAACAAGUCACUGUCAGCUCUGGGCAAUGUGAUCUCCGCACUGGCUGAGGGCACUAAAAGCUAUGUUCCAUAUCGUGACAGCAAAAUGACAAGGAUUCUCCAGGACUCUCUCGGGGGAAACUGCCGGACAACUAUGUUCAUCUGUUGCUCACCGUCCAGUUACAAUGAUGCAGAGACCAAGUCCACCCUGAUGUUUGGGCAGCGGGCAAAGACCAUUAAGAACACUGCCUCAGUAAAUCUGGAGUUGACUGCUGAGCAGUGGAAGAAGAAAUAUGAGAAGGAGAAGGAGAAGACAAAGGCCCAGAAGGAGACGAUUGCGAAGCUAGAGGCUGAGCUGAGCCGGUGGCGCAAUGGAGAGAAUGUGCCUGAGACGGAGCGCCUGGCUGGGGAGGAGGCAGCCCUGGGAGCUGAGCUCUGUGAGGAGACCCCUGUGAAUGACAACUCAUCCAUCGUGGUGCGCAUUGCGCCCGAAGAGCGGCAGAAAUACGAGGAGGAGAUCCGCCGCCUCUAUAAGCAGCUUGACGACAAGGAUGAUGAAAUCAACCAGCAAAGCCAACUCAUAGAGAAACUCAAGCAGCAAAUGCUGGACCAGGAAGAGCUGCUGGUGUCCACCCGAGGAGACAACGAGAAGGUCCAGCGGGAGCUGAGCCACCUGCAAUCAGAGAACGAUGCCGCUAAGGAUGAGGUGAAGGAAGUGCUGCAGGCCCUGGAGGAGCUGGCUGUGAACUAUGACCAGAAGUCCCAGGAGGUGGAGGAGAAGAGCCAGCAGAACCAGCUUCUGGUGGAUGAGCUGUCUCAGAAGGUGGCCACCAUGCUGUCCCUGGAGUCUGAGUUGCAGCGGCUACAGGAGGUCAGUGGACACCAGCGAAAACGAAUUGCUGAGGUGCUGAACGGGCUGAUGAAGGAUCUGAGCGAGUUCAGCGUCAUUGUGGGAAACGGGGAGAUUAAGCUGCCAGUGGAGAUCAGUGGGGCCAUCGAGGAGGAGUUCACUGUGGCCCGACUCUACAUCAGCAAAAUCAAGUCAGAAGUCAAGUCUGUGGUCAAGCGGUGCCGGCAGCUGGAGAACCUCCAGGUGGAAUGUCACCGCAAGAUGGAAGUGACUGGGCGGGAGCUCUCAUCCUGCCAGCUCCUCAUCUCUCAGCACGAGGCCAAGAUCCGGUCACUUACGGAAUACAUGCAGAGCGUGGAGCUAAAGAAGCGGCACCUGGAAGAGUCCUAUGACUCCUUGAGUGAUGAGCUGGCCAAGCUCCAGGCCCAGGAAACUGUGCAUGAAGUGGCCCUGAAGGACAAGGAACCUGAUACCCAGGAUGCAGAUGAAGUGAAGAAGGCUCUGGAGCUGCAGAUGGAGAGUCACCGGGAGGCCCAUCACCGGCAGCUGGCCCGGCUCCGGGAUGAGAUCAACGAGAAGCAGAAGACCAUUGAUGAGCUCAAAGACCUAAAUCAGAAGCUCCAGUUAGAGCUAGAGAAGCUUCAGGCUGACUACGAGAAGCUGAAGAGUGAAGAACAUGAGAAGAGCACCAAGCUGCAGGAGCUGACAUUUCUGUACGAGCGACAUGAGCAGUCCAAGCAGGACCUCAAGGGUCUGGAGGAGACAGUUGCCCGGGAACUCCAGACCCUCCACAACCUUCGCAAGCUGUUCGUUCAAGACGUCACGACUCGAGUCAAGAAAAGUGCAGAAAUGGAGCCCGAAGACAGUGGGGGGAUUCACUCCCAAAAGCAGAAGAUUUCCUUUCUUGAGAACAACCUGGAACAGCUUACAAAGGUUCACAAACAGCUGGUACGUGACAAUGCAGAUCUGCGUUGUGAGCUUCCUAAAUUGGAAAAACGACUUAGGGCUACGGCUGAGAGAGUUAAGGCCCUGGAGGGUGCACUGAAAGAGGCCAAGGAGGGCGCCAUGAAGGACAAGCGCCGGUACCAGCAGGAGGUGGACCGUAUCAAGGAGGCCGUUCGCUACAAGAGCUCGGGCAAACGGGGCCAUUCUGCCCAGAUUGCCAAACCUGUCCGGCCUGGCCACUACCCAGCGUCCUCACCCACCAACCCCUAUGGCACCCGGAGCCCUGAGUGCAUCAGUUACACCAACAGCCUCUUCCAGAACUACCAGAAUCUCUACCUGCAGGCCACACCCAGCUCCACCUCAGAUAUGUACUUUGCCAACUCCUGUACCAGCAGUGGAGCCACGUCUUCUGGCAGCCCCUUGGCUUCCUACCAGAAGGCCAACAUGGACAAUGGAAAUGCCACAGAUAUCAAUGACAAUAGGAGUGACCUGCCGUGUGGCUAUGAGGCUGAGGACCAGGCCAAGCUUUUCCCUCUCCACCAAGAGACAGCAGCCAGCUAAUCUUCCACACCCACGGCUGCGUACCUGCACUUUCAGUUUCUAAGAGGGACUGAGGCCUCUUCUCUCAGCAUGCUGCAAACCUGUGGUCUCUGAUACUAACUCCCUCCCCAACUCCUGUUGUUGGACUGUACUAUGUUUGAUGUCUUCUCUUACUUACUCUGUAUCUCUUUGUACUCUGUAUCUAUAUAUCAAAAGCUGCUGCUAUGUCUCUCUUCUGUUUUAUUCUCUAAGUAUCUACUGAUGUAUUUAGCAAUUUCAAAGCAUAGUCUACCUUCCUUAUUUGGGGCAAUAGGGAGGAGGGUGAAUGUUUCUUCUUUCUCAUCUACUCGUCUCACACUGAGUGGUGUUAGUCACUGAGUAGAGGUCACAGAGAUGACAAAAUGAAAAAUGGGAGCUAGAGGGCUGUGACCCUUCACACACACACACACGCACACACAAACAUGCACACACAUGCACACACGCACACAAAGCCUUAAGCAGAAGAAUGUCUUAGCAUCAUAAGACAGAGAAAUAGACUCUUCCUCCCUCCUCUUUCACAUAUAGCACAGGGGAAGGUAAAAUGGAAGGGCUGCUAAUUGAGACAUAUAAUUUUCUUCAUACACCCCUCACCUUAAUCAAAGGAUUCAGGUGUUUACCUCUGCCCUACAAAGUCUGCCUUUUGCCUCCCUCUUCCUGUUUUCCCCUGGACUGAGAAAUGGGUUGUUCACGGGACCAUUUCCCUUUUUCUUCAAAACUCCUUUUGAUAUUCCCUGCCCCAGAGCUUGUGACCAGAACUCAAGAGUUGAUUUAAAAUAUUUUGAAAAAUGGAGGAGGCAGACUGCUCCCAGCAGCCAGUCAGUGGCUGCUCAUCUCUCCAUGGAGAUGGUUACAGGCAGGUGUAGUCAAAAUGAUUGAUUCCUUAGGUUUGUGGGUGAAUAGGCUGGGAAAUUUCUGAGUCUUUUUUUUUUUUUUUUUUUUUGGUCACAGUGCCCUCAAGUGGAAGCGAUGAGCUGGAUUUCUUUCUCAUUCCAUACUGGGCAGCAUGCUCCUCCCAUCUCCACCUUUGGUUUGGGGGCUUCCAGCUCAUUGGCAAAAUCUCUCUCUCUAGUUGCCAUCCUUUCAAGCUGGAGCCUGACUUUUCCCCAAUAUACAUUUUUGUUUUCUCCACAAAGAGUUCCUUCUCUAAUGUCCCCAUCUGGUAUUAAGUGCACUUUAAAGAAAGGGGCAGGGUGGAUUUUCAAGAGGCGGGGAGCUCUAAGGCUUGACCCUGAGGGCUCUUCUCCCAGCCAUUCUCAGCCCAUAUGCAGCACCCCCCACACCGAAGAGGACUAUUGUUUUAGUUUCACAUGGUCCUUUCCUUCCACAUGGUGCUAAGGUGGUUUUCUAGGUAACCGCAGGGAUGGAGGUCACUAGCCAGUCCAAACCAGGAGAGAAAGUCUGGUGUCCUGAUAUCCAGUCUUUUCUAGGAGGAAGACCAAGAUUCUCCAGCACCUGGGCAGCCUGUCACCCAGCUUCUAAGUCAGGAAAAGAAGCUGAGUGGGAAUGCCAGCCGGUAAGCGCAGGCUGCACUGGCCCAUGACUCCUUCAAGGGAAAGAGGCCCUGCUCCCUUUACCUGCUGAGCUCCUUUUAGCAGUUAGGGAGAACUGCAGGGGGAAAAAUACCAGUGGAGUGUGGAAUGAAUCCAAACCAGUGAUUAUUUUUAAACACUUUUCAAAACAAAUCUUACGUAGAACCCCAAUAUAAAAAAUAAAGUAAUGCAGACCUGGGCAGUUUGCACUUUCUUUUUUUGGUGGAAGAAUCCUCAGGGUCUCUUAGGACUGACUGUUCAAAGCCUCCUCAGCGAAUGAGCCCUUGAACAGUCCUACGAGACCCUGAGGAUUCUGUGGAGUAGUUUGAAAACCAUUGUUCUGAGGAAGGCAGUCCAAUCUGGCUCCUCGCAGUAAAGCUGCAACUCACAGAAAAGAGGGCAACGGUGGGGUAGACAAGCCACGCUGUCUCCAGACCCACUAGGGUAGAAGGAAGGUUCCUGUGGGCCUGUGGACUUAGGCUAAUAUUUGCUUCCAGCAGGGCACUUAAGAAUCCAGGGGGUUUUAUGUAAUGUUGCCACCACAUGGUUCUUUUAAAAACACAUAAGAAAAUGUGAGGGUGUAGCGCAGAUGAGGAGAGAGAUGACACAGAGGGAGCAGCCUUCUCUUUAGCAAGAUGUAAGGGAAAUAUAAUUCACUUAUAUAAAAAAGAAACAACACACACGCAAACCCUUCACCAGAAGCUUCACACUACAUCCUCCUCCUCCUCCUGCUUCCCACCUUCACUGCAUCCUUUUCAGAGCCAGGGUCACUGCAAGGGGCGCCUGGCCUGCCCACUCACAUCUGCCAAAAUUUUGCAUGCCAGCGUGGAAGACAAACCAAACUGCACAACCCCCUGUGUGUAUUUACUUGGUGUACAUAGAUAUCUUUAAAAUAAAAUAAAUUCAUUGAUGACUCUA